CCAGUCUGCCGCGCUUAUGUACAUAAUAUAGUGCGCGUUCCGAUAUAUUACAGUGGUUUGGUGCUUACGUUUGAUUUUUUAAAAUGACGAUAAAAGUACUUGUGUUAAGCAUUCUUUGGUGCUUUCAGUAUCCAGCAUGCAUUCACCCAGGAAGUAGUCGACAUACACCUGGAUAACCUGCUCUCUAUGCAGCAGGGGUUAGGAGUUCCUCACUCCCUCCAGGUGGCUGCAGGACACGAGGCGCUGAUGAGGCUCCGGAAGGAACUACCGAACCCCAAGUGCACGGUCACUACACCCAUGGGAGUAGUCUUUGAUGUGAAGACUCCACCUGACAGCAGAUUUGAGAGCUGGAGCGGCAACUGCGGUCUCAGAGUCCGGAACGUGGCGCUCGCUGAUGAAGGGCGCUGGAGGCUCACCGCUACCUCCGGGGACCAGACUAUCUCAGGUUGGAUCGAGGUCUACGUCGAAGCCGACAAAACAUCCUACACGGCUCCACCCAUUUCCCUCCAAGACGGGCAAUCCCACGCCAACGUGGAACUGACCACACUAGACAGCAUGUACUGCAUGGUGGCCCAGCCCGCCUCCGAGAGUUCCUUGGUCCCUGGACACUGCGAAGUUACGCUGGACCGGAUCACUCGCGCUGUUAAGGGGAACUGGGAUGUGUUACUGGGUUUGCCGGGGAAGAUUAAUGAGUUGCAUGUUCAGAGACAGGUUGCUGUAGAAGCGGAGCGAUUGGAUGUCGGCUACAUUCACGAUACGAAUGCUAAUAAAAUCCACUUGUACUGCAACAUCCUGGUCACCGAGAAAAACAUCACCUUCUGCCGCUUCCAGAGAACUAAUGCGGCAUCCGGCUACAACGUCAUGGACGGGCUGAGCGACGGUGCACAUAGUUAUUACGGCCAAGGGUUCGACCAACGCCAUUGCGGUAUGACCAUUGAAGAGCCGACGGCCCAAGACUUCGCAACAUGGCGGUGCACUGUGGGAGUGCAGGCGUUAGAAGGCUCAAUAAUACAGCAGAAGACGCCGCUACAGGCUCUCAUCAGCGUCUCGAGUAGUAACAGAAUGGUACGUUCUACGGACAGUACGGACGACACCGAGAUACCGACCGUAUUCACGCAACUGGACAAAGAGUUCACCGUGAUGUGUCGCGCGGAUCGCGCGCUGCGCUACUGCUGGUUCCAGCACCCUAAUGGCGAACAGUACACGCCGCUCCCGCUGGUUGAUGAGAAUCAAGUUUUUUGA